ACCACACCAAUAACCAAAACAGACGCUUUCUUUCCUCUUCUUAAUAAUCCUAGGCACAGCUGAAACGCCCACCAUUUUGAUCCAUUCUUUCUUCAACCAAAACAAAACACUUUCUUUCCCCUUCUUAAUAACCCUAGGCACAGCUGAAACGCCCACCAUUUUGAUCCAGUCUUUCUUCUUCUUGAACAUUUCUUAGCAUCGAAGGGAAUAAAUACCCAACUUGGUCUUCUUUCUUAUCCAAUUUCCAUCCCUUUUUAUCUCCCCACUUAUAUGUACAUACAGAUGAUUUUGCUGGUGGCUUUCUUGCGUAUUGUCAAUAAUAUUUUGUAACGUGCAUGUUUUCAGAAUCUCUUUAGCCCACAUUUCUCGAGCAAUUGGGUAGCAUAUUUUCCUUAGUUCUUUGCUCAUAUUUGAUUGCAAGAUUUACGGUAACUCGGAAAAAUUGAUCAGAUGGUUUGUUUGGUUUCUCGAACGGGAAGGCAUUUGCAGAGGUACAACGACAAAGGUCGUCGUCUCGUUGUUGGGUGUAUCCCGUAUAGAUUUAAGGGGCAAGAAAAAGAUAAGGUGAACAAUCAAGUAGAGGUCCUUGUUAUCAGUUCACAAAAUGGUCAAGGGAUGAUGUUUCCCAAGGGAGGUUGGGAACUUGAUGAAUCCCUAAUUGAAGCUGCCUGUCGGGAAUCACUCGAAGAAGCUGGUGUUCUUGGAAAUGUUGAGGAUGAAUUAGGUAUAUGGAGAUUCAAGAGCAAAAGCCAAGGAACCUACCAUGAAGGUUACAUGUUUCCUUUGCUGGUCACAGAACAACUUGACCUAUGGCCUGAACAAAAUGUCCGGAAAAGAGUAUGGAUGACAGUGGCUGAAGCUAGAGAAGUUUGUAAGCAUUGGUGGAUGAAAGAAGCAUUAGAUAAAUUUGUUAAUAGGCUUCCGUUGGAGGAGCUUGAAGAUCAGCAGCAAGACCUUCCAGCUAAAUCCCUACUCUAGAAAUUAGUUUUUAUUUGGUUAAUUAAUUUAGCUUUUUUUUUUGUAUAUAGGAUCCCUGAGGAACAUGAUCAGUUAGCCCAUGGAAUCCCCAAAGGAGGAUGACCAAUGCACUCAAUUUCUAAUUUUUGAAGUUUCUUCUUCGUCUUUUCUGUUUUUGGUCAACGAUGUACGUAAUUAGAAAUGAUGAUGAAUUGGUUCGAAAUUUACUC